GCCCUUUUCGGGCCUGCUCGGCUGCCGUAGCCGCGCCGUGCGUCGCCCCCGGCCGGGCGGGGCGGCGUGGCGUGCGGGGAAAGAUGGCGGAGGCUUCCCCGCAGCCGGGACGGUACUUCUGCCACUGCUGCGCGGCCGAGAUCGCUCCGCGCCUGCCGGAUUAUAUUUGCCCAAGGUGUGAAUCUGGUUUUAUUGAAGAACUUCCAGAGGAGCCCAGGAAUGCUGAGAAUGGUUCCAGCUCUUCCGCAUCGACCAGCGAUCAGAGCAGGCAUCCAUUCGAGAACGUGGAUCAGCACUUAUUCACCUUGCCACAGGGCUAUGGCCAGUUUGCCUUUGGGAUUUUUGAUGACAGCUUUGAGUUUCCUGCCUUUGGGUCCAGUGGCCAAUCUGAAGACAACAGGGACGCCGAGAACCGGCGGGACAGAGAGCACCAGUCUCGGCACAGAUAUGGCGCAAGGCAGCCCCGAGCCCGCCUCACUGCACGGCGUGCCACUGGCAGGCACGAGGGAGUCCCAACGCUAGAAGGAAUUAUACAGCAGCUGGUCAAUGGCAUUAUUGCACCUACAACAAUACCAAACCUAGGACUAGGCCCUUGGGGAGUCUUGCAUUCGAAUCCAAUGGACUAUGCCUGGGGUGCCAAUGGCUUGGAUGCAAUUAUUACACAGUUAUUAAAUCAAUUUGAAAACACUGGGCCGCCUCCAGCAGACAAAGAGAAGAUCCAAGCGCUCCCCACCGUUCAGAUAACAGAGGAACACGUAGGUUCCGGGCUCGAGUGUCCGGUAUGUAAAGAGGAUUACACACUUGGUGAAAAUGUCCGGCAAUUACCCUGCAAUCAUCUAUUCCACAAUGGCUGUAUAGUCCCUUGGCUGGAACAGCACGACACAUGCCCCGUGUGCCGGAAAAGUUUAAGUGGACAAAACACUGCCACGAAUCCCCCAGGACUCACGGGGAUGAAUUUCUCCUCCUCCUCGUCUUCCUCUUCCUCCAGCUCACCAAGUAAUGAAAACUCGUCAAACAACUCAUGAAUCCUAGCCCAGCCCCUGUCCCGCGUUCCCUGUCCAUAGCCCUUCCUCCCUAGCCAACAUAAGCAACUAAGGGCCUUCCGGAGCGGAGCAAGGGGGGGAACUGAAACCCAGAAAUUCCCUCACGAGGCCCCUGGUUCUUCAGAGACGAGACACCUCAGGCUCUCCAGUGGGGGGAAGUUCUCUGAAUUCAUCGCGUCGCCGCGUGGACUCUUAAAACUGCCGUGAAAGGCCGUUAAGCUUCACAGAUUGGAAACCCAAGGUGCUGAGCGAUUGGCUGCGACUCCAAGUGGGGGAAGGUGGUUUGUAUGGUUUUGAGAUUCCGCUCUUUAUAUUCUGCCCCCCGCUCCUCCAUCCCUUAUGCUUUGACGUUUUAAAACCUUUAAAAUGACAGUGUAACAAAAUCUGGUUUGCUCCGAGGAUUUCCAAGUGGGGAGGGCGAGUGAGGGUGGGGGAGUUGCCACAGAAAAUGUGAACUCUUGGAAUAGACAGCUAUCCCUCCCUCCCCUGCCACAGUCCCUUUUUGUUUUCUUUAUAACUUCACCCUUCUCAUAGUCAACACCGAAAGGGUUUUUAUAAUUUUAAAUUAUUACUGCUGUUAAAUAAAUGGACAUUUCAGCUCAA